AUGCGCAAACAGUUUAAGCGAUAUUUUGCUGCAGCGGUGGGACUGUUCUUUAUAUUGGCCAUAUAUUUCCGAGAUUCAUGGUAUAAUUCAUCGGGUGAUAGGGCGAUUGCCCAAAUGCGUCUCUCUAUGAAACAACCUCCUCCUACAGAUCCGAAUACCACAGCCCGCGCAAACGCCGCGCUUAUUUCCCUUGUCCGCAACUCAGAGCUCAAUGGCAUAAUUUCGUCGAUGCGAUAUAUGGAAAACUCGUUCAAUUCCAAGUUCAACUAUCCAUGGGUCUUUUUCAACGAUGUCCCAUUCACGCAAGAAUUUAUGGAUAAGACACAGGCGGAGACAAACGCACCAUGUACAUAUGAACUCAUACCCAAGGAGCACUGGGACGUGCCAGAUUGGAUUGACCAGACUCGGAUGGAGAAGGCUUUUAAAGAAAUGGCCAACAACGGAGUUAUGCACGCGACUCAAUUGAGUUACCAUAAAAUGUGUAGAUGGUACUCGGGCUUCUUUUUUCGGCAUCCUGCACUGGAUAAAUAUAAGUACUACUGGCGCGUGGAACCUAAUGUCAAGUACUUCUGCGAUAUCGACUACGACGUCUUUCAGUUCAUGGCUCAAAAUAACAAAACCUACGGCUUCACUAUAAAUAUCUACGACGACCCCAAAUCCAUACCCACCCUUUGGCCGGCAACAACGGCCUUCGUCGAAGAACACCCCAACUACGCCCUCAGCCCAGACGAAAACUCCUAUUACUGGCUAACGGAUUCCGUUUUGCGUCCCGAUCAUACCAAAGCAGCCAAUGGCUACAGCACAUGCCAUUUCUGGAGCAAUUUUGAGAUUGGCGACCUUGAUUUCUGGCGCUCGCAAACAUAUCUCGACUACUUUGACUAUCUCGAUCAAACGGGCAAUUUCUUCUAUGAACGCUGGGGCGACGCACCCGUCCACAGCGUUGCGCUGGGCCUUUUUGCGGCUAAUGAGCAGAUUCAUUGGUUCCGCGAUAUUGGCUAUCAGCACAGUGUCUUCAGCAACUGUCCCAAUAGCGACAAAUGUCAUGGAUGUCAAGCGAAUAAGCUGACACCACUGACAUACUGGUUGAACGGCGAGGAUUGCCGCGUCAAUUGGUUCAAGCAAGUGUGCGAAAGUAGUCGCAACAAAGGACCUGUGAAUGAGGAAAUGUGUGGAUUGCAUGGAUAUGGCUGGUCGGGGCGUUAA